AUGUUAAAUUUGAAAAAAAAAUAUCGUGUUAAAGAAACUAAUGCUUUAGAUGAUUUUUGCAAAAAUCCAGUUGAUGCAAUUAGAAUUUCAGAUAAUUUAGAAGUUAGUUUAAUCAAAAUACCUAAAAUAACAGACUCCUAUCAUUUGUUAAUUUUGGAAUAAUUUUAAAAUUAGAAUCAUCAUAAUUUAGUCAAUGUCUUGGAAAUUUUUGAUGAAAAAAAUUUAGCUGUUAUUGUUAUGGAAAAAUGUAAUAAUAACUUAUUGCAUUAUUUUAAAAAUAAUAAUUAUAAAUUCACAACUGAACAAAUAUUUUCAUUUAUUAAAUAGAUUACAAAAGGUUAUUAAUAGUUCAUAGAAAAAGGGGUUCUUCAUAGAAAUUUAAAACCAGAAAAUAUAUAUUAUUAAAAAAUAAAUAAAGACAUUAUAUUUAAAGUAAAAUUUUAUUAUUAAAAAAAGAUAGCUGGAUAUGAACAUGCUAAACUAUUAGACGAUAGAGAUGAACCUAUAGAUGAAAAUACUAAAAUUUAUGAGAAGACGUACUAUUCAGCUCCUGAAUCAAGCACUACUAACUAUAGUUAUAGUGCAGAUAUAUUUUCAGUAACAAAAACAUAAUUAAUAAUUUUUAGUUUGGAUUAAUAAUACUUCAGAUGGCAACAAACUAACAACUUUAAAAUUUAGAAGAAUUAAAAAAAAAAAGUUUAAAGAAUCUCUGCUAAUUAGAUAAUAUAGAUAAUGAAUUAAAGUAAUUAUUAUGUAAAAUGAUUGUUUACCAAGAUAAAGAUAGAUUAACCUGGUCAGAUUUAAUAAAACAGUUAUUUUAUAGAAUAGAAAAAAAAGAUAAAUCAUAUGAAAUAGCAACUUGUUUAGAAAAUGGAUAACUCUGCUAUGUCAAAAUAGUUAAAAAAUAAAUUGUUGAUCGUUAGUAUUUAUUAGAUAACGCAAAAACAGAAUUGGAUAAUAAUCGAUUGUUAAAAGAUAUAGAUCAUUCAAAUAUCAUAAAAAUAUAUGAUAUUUUGCAUGAACCUAAAAAUUCUUGUAUUUAUAUUAUAAUGGAAAAAUGUAAAGGAAGUUUAAGUGAUCUUUUAUAAGAUGAAUCAUUUUCAUUUGAACAAGUUUUGGAUUUUAUUAAUUAAAUUAAUAAUGGCUAUUAAUAUUUAGAAAAAAAGAAACUUAUUCAUAGAGAUUUGAAACCUGACAAUAUUUUAUAUCAAUAGAUAAAUAAUAAAAUCUAAUAUAAAGUAAAUUUAUUGUUUAAAAAUAGAUUGCUGAUUUUGGAAUAAGUCGCCAAACCGAUUCUGCUAGUUCAAAAUGUGGAACAGUUUUAUAUUCUGCACCAGAAAUAGAUGGAAACCGUGUUUAUACAAAUUCAUGCGAUAUAUACUCAGUUAUUUUUUAAAUAUUAUUUUAGUUAGGUCUUAUUAUCUAUCACAUUGUAACAAAAGAUUAUCCUUUUAAUCCAAAAAAUCUAGAAACAAAGAAAUAAUUUGAAAAGCAACUAAAGGAAAAAUAAUCAAUUGAUUAAAUCUGUCCAAAAAAUCAUAUACUUGAUGAAAGAAUUAAAAUAAUACUGAAUAAAAUGAUUGUUUAUGAGCCUGAUAAGAGAAUUUGUUGGGGGUAAUAAAUAACAGAUUUGAUUUAAAAUAUUUAAUCGACCGUCUAGUCUUAAUAGAAACAAUUGCAAAAAUAGGUAUUUUUAUUUUAAUAGACAUAUUAGAUUUCAAUGCCAUAAUUGCCUCAGUAGACUUAAUAAUUUAAACAGGUAUAAUACAUGUAAUUGCCUUAAUAACAAUAAUAAAUUUAAUAGUUUGAAUAGGCAUAAUAGAUUUAAUAGAUUUAAUAGAUUUAAUAGAUUUAAUAAUAAAAAUAGCAAUAAUACAUUCAAUAAUUGUCAUAACCAUAAUAGACUUUAAAGCCCUAACACAUUUUUACCCAUUAAUAAAAUUAAUUUUAAAACUGGGGUUAAAACACUUUUUACUAACCUCAAUAGUCAAAUUAAAAUAUAAAAAUUUAAACUUACUAAACAAUACCUAAUACAUCAAAACAGGAAAUUUAAUCACAAAAUCCAACAGUGUAAAAUUAUAAUUACAAUUUUCCUCAACCAUAAAACUAAAUAUUUUAAGAAUUUAAUAAAGUUAAUUUUUAAACUCAAUUUAAUUAAGCAUAUUAAAAUAAUUAGUUUUAAUAGGGAAACUAUUAAUAAAAAAUUUAAAGCAAUAAAUAAUAAGGAGCAUAAUCUUUUAUAUAUAAAAAUUGA